GAUGGGCGGGCGGGCAGCGCCGACUUACCACUAACUGCAACAUCAUGAGUUACCAGCAAAGAUCCAGCGGCUCCAGAAGCUUUAGCUCGAAGAGUAUGGGGGGCUACGGUGGCGGCGGUGGCGGCAGCCGCGGCAGCAGCAGCUUCUCCUCCCGCGGCUCCAGCUCCGGGAUGGGCAUGGGCGCCGGCUUCAGCCGCGGCUCCAGCUCCGGGAUGAGCUUGGGCUUCGGCUCCGGCUCCAGCUCCGGGUUGGGCUUCGGCUCCGGCUCCGGCUCCAGCUCCAGUAUGAGCUUUGCGAUGAGUAGCUCCGGGAUGGGCUCCGGCUCCGGACUCUUCAACAACGAGAAGCAGACGAUGCAGGAUUUGAACGACCGCCUUGCCCACUACCUGGACAUGGUGCGCGCCCUGGAGAAGUCCAACUCCGAGCUGGAGAUCCAGAUCCGCACACACUCCGAGAAGCACGCCGCCGUCCAACGCGACUACAGCGCUUACUGGGUCACCAUCAGCGGCCUGCGCGACCAGAUCACCGACAUGAUCCUCGGCAACUCGGGCUACAUGCUCCAGGUGGACAACUCCAAACUCGCAGCCGAGGACUUCAGAAGCAAGUACGAGAACGAGCUGACCAUUCGCAUGUCAGUGGAGAAUGACAUCAAUGGCCUCCGCUCCAUGUUGGACAACAUGACCAUGGACAAGAGCCAGCUGGAGAUGGACAUCGAGAACCUGAAGGAGGAGCUCAUUUACAUCAGGAAAAACCACGAGGAUGAGAUGAAAGGUAUGCGUACUCAGGUGGCUGGCAACGUCUCAGUGGAUGUGAAGACUGAACAAGAAUUCAACUUGCUCGCGGCUAUGGAAGAAAUUCGUGCAAAAUAUGAGGCUGCAGCCAAGAAGAACAAGGAUGAUCUGGAAAACUGGUACAAGGAACAGUGCGUGACUGUGGAGCUGCAAAUCUCUGUCAAUGCUGGAGCUGUUGAUGCGGAGAAGUCGCAGCUGAGUGAGCUGAGACGCACCUUGCAGGGACUCGAGACUGAGUUCCAGACCUACAUGAGUAUGAUUUCAUCCCUGGAGCAGAACCUCAAUGGCAUAGAGUUACGCUACUCUACCGAGAGGAGCAAGAUUGAGAUGAAGGUCAACACUCUGGAAAUGGAACUGACCGAACUCCGCGGUAGAAUCAUGACGCAGACCGAUGAAUACGCGGUGCUGCUGAAUAUCAAAUGCAUACUGGAGACGGAAAUCGCCACCUACCGCAGGCUGCUUGGUGGAUACGGGCACGCAACACAAAUAACAGCAUCAACAACAUCCACAACAAGGGUGCAAGAAGUGGUCAAAGAAGAAGUUCCCAAAGAACCUGUUAUUACAAAGAGAUUGAAGUAUAUCGAGGUGUGCGAGGUUAUUGUCGAUGGACAGGUGGUAUCUACUCAAUCUCAGACGGUCAAAAGUUAAGCACAAGUUUAGAGAACAAGAAGAAAGAUCUUCAGAAGCGACGGACACCGACGUCAAUGAUUUUACACUCUGUAUCUCUGGGAUAUGAAUAAAGUUUUGUGUAAAA